AUGAAAGUCGCCGUCGUAGGAGGCGGCCCCGCGGGCCUCGCCACACUCAAGUUCCUCACCACGGCGCAUCUCUUCUUUCCCAUUCCGCCAAUUGACGUGCGUCUCUUUGAAGCCGAGCCCGAAAUUGGCGGGACCUUUACGCAGCGCGUCUACGAAGAUGCCGAGCUCGUAUCGUCCAAGUACCUAACCGCCUUUUCCGACUUUCGCCUCCCCUUGGACGCACCCGACUUUGUCACCCCGGCCGUGUAUGUACAGUACCUCCGCGACUACCUGACGCAUUUCAACCUGUGGACGCAGGUCCGCUGCAACACCCGCGUCACGCGCAUCGUCCGUCGGCAGCCCUCCGGUCACACUAUCACAACCAUCACGUCCGUCAACGAUGCCGUGGAGACAACAACGUGGGACUGCGACGCCGUGGCCAUGUGCACAGGGAUCCACGUGCUGCCGAGCAUACCAGACAUUCCGGGCCUGGAUAGAGUGCCGACGGUGCUGCACUCGUCGCAGCUCAAGACGCGGGGGCAGUUUGGCAAGUACACGCACGUCGUCGUGCUCGGCGCGGGGGAGACGGGCAUGGACAUGGCGCAUCUGGCCGUCACGGCGCCGACGGCCUCGGUGACGCUGUGCCAUCGAGGGGGCUUCUUCUGCGCGCCCAAGAUAGUGCCGCUGCCGAGCCCACGAGGACGCACGCCCGAGAGCGCCGCGCCGCGACCCAACAAACCCGUCGACACGUCCGUCGCCAGCCUCUUUGACACGGCGUACGCGCACCCCGUCCUGCAGAGGAGCCCGCUGCUGUGGGCGGCAUACGACGUCUGGGUGCGCAAAAUGCACUGGUGUAUCGGCGGCACCGAGGAAGGCCCCGAUCAGUGGGUUGGGCAGAUGAGCAAGGAGCGGAAGCAUCUCGAUUCCUUGUUCAUGUGCAAGUCGGACCGCGCUCUGCCCUACAUCUCCGCCGGCCACCGCUCCACGUCCCUCCUGCACCGCAUCCGCUCCUCCAUCCUCAGCGUGCCCAUCCGUCCCAAUCGCGGCGGGCGGACCAUCGCCGUCCGGUCCUGGCCCUCUUCGAUCGACAAGUCCGGCGCCAUGCACUUUUCCCCCUCCUCCUCCUUCUCUCCCACAACAGACCCUCUCAAGCCCGACGUCGUCAUCCUCGCCACCGGCUACGGCACCACCUUUCCCAUGCUCGACCACACCCGCGGCGCGUACCCCUCUCUACAGUCCGCCUCCGUCCGCGGCAUCUACAGCCCCGAGUCCGUCGACGUUGCCUACAUUGGCUUCGUCCGGCCCAGCAUCGGCGCCAUCCCGCCGCUCGCCGAGCUCCAGGCCCAGCUGUGGACCCUCCGCCUCCUGCAGCGCUUCUUCCCCGCGCGCAUGCCGUCGGCGCGCUCCGCGCACGCGGUCGCGGCGUACGAGAUGGACUGGAAGCUGCACCCGCGGGCCGGGUACGACAUGUACAGGGACAAGCGCGGCGUCGACCACGAGAGCUACGCGUACCAGCUCGCGCUCGACAUGGGCGCGGCGCCGACGUGGCGGUUCGUGAUGCGGAAGGGGUGGCGCUGUUUUUAUACCUGGGCGAUGGGGUCGAAUUUCAAUACCAAGUUUCGCAUGGUAGGCCCGUGGCGAGACGAGCUUGUCGCUGAGGACAUUAUGCGCGGGGAGCUGUAUGGCGUGGUGAAGCGCUCGGGUGGAUUGGUGUACUUCUUUACGUAUUCGGUCAUACCCUUGAUUGUGUUUGGAACCAUCAGCCUGAGCCUGUAUGCGGCGUUUUGGGCGGCUUCGCUGCCGGGAAGGGCGUGUGCUGGCGUGACGAGUGUAUUUGGUCGGAGGAACAAGGACAACGUGAUGCAGAAGAUUGCGGCUUAG